AUGCAGUCUGAAGAUGGACGGAUUUCUGCAUCUUCAAGCGUGUCUGGGGGUGUCCCACUCUUCGAAGAACGUGAGCCACUACAAGACACGUCGAAUACCACGGAGGGCGGAACGAAAGUGGGCAGUCGCUUCACAUCAGCAAACAUCAGAGUCCUGAAAACAUGGUUCGAAAACCACGAGCGGCAUCCGUAUCCGACCCCGGAUCAGGCCGAACGAUUACUGAAGAAAACAGGGUUGAGCAAACAGCAACUUACCAACUGGUUCGCAAAUACCCGUCGGCGCAGGAAGAUUCGCCCAGGCGGGGCCUCCACGCCCGCCCGGACCGAGGCUGGUUCUAGUCCCAUAGACGUGCCCGUUCGACGACCAACGCCCAUGGCAUUCGAGCAAAUGAACCCGAUGCAACGAUGGGAGCACUCUCCACCAGAUAGCGAGCCUGCUUUAGCUGCCGAUAUUUCUCGCGCAGUCGCUGCAUCAUCUAAGCCUCCAGGACUCUUGGGCCGCUCUCGAUCUUCGGCAGGAUCUUGGGAGAACGCCUCUAGCAUCAGUAGCGUUGGCACAUCUCAAUCAAGUGGGGGGUCGCGUUCCAAUGGUUCGGCAUACUCCCAUGGCUCUAGCAAAUCUCCGACCUCUAUGGAGACACUCCGAAAGGACCCAAAUCGUCGGAGAAGACGAGCAAUGCUAAAAGAACGAAGGGGAAACAGGUUGAGCCUUCGACAGAUCAAUACGUACCAAUGCACCUUCUGCGCUGAAACCUUUAAGACAAAGUAUGACUGGCAAAGACACGAAAAGUCCCUUCACCUCUCACUUGAGGAAUGGGUGUGUUCUCCGCACGGGUCGACCACACAGCACCCUGAGAAAGGGGAGAUUUGCGUCUUCUGUGACGAGGCCAACCCAACCCAACAGCACCUCGACGACCACCAUCAAGCAGCCUGCUCGGAACGGCCGGUCAAAGAGCGUACGUACUACCGAAAAGAUCAUCUCCGGCAACAUUUGAAACUUGUACACAAGACAAGUCAGAUGUCUAAAACCGCCGAGACUUGGAAGGUUACCACGGACAAGAUUCGGUCAAGAUGUGGCUUCUGUGGAAUCACCUUUGACUCAUGGGCGACGCGCGGGGACCACAUUGCGGACCACUAUCGAGACGACGGAAACACCAUGUCAAAUUGGAAAGGGGAUUGGGGUUUUGAGCCCCAAAUACUCGCAAAAGUCGAUAACGCGGUGCCUCCUUGCGUAAUCCAGUUUGAACAAAGUGCGCCUGUUCCGUACUGCGCAAGUGUUUCGCCGGCUGGUUCGGCACCGAGUGCAUACGAACUCCUCAAGCUUGAAGUAGAAUACUUUGUUCGUAACUACUUUGAGGAACACGAGCGACUGCCCUCGGACGAUGAGGUCAUCUACGAGGCUUGUACUAUCUUGUACGCCUCCGAGUUUUUCAGGCCCAGUGGCACGCCGAAUGCGUCAUCCUGGCUUCGAGACUUGUUGAUGAACGAUACGGAGUUGUCUGAAAAGGCGCGUCUCCGCCCAAUGAACCAAUGCUAUCAACUAGCCAAACUUCGCGCGACUCAACUCCAGAUAAUUGGCAAGACGGACAUCUUUGAGGACUGUGAACUAGAGGCUCAACUAUGCAGGCAUCUCAGAGAACACCUCGUUCUAGGCCUCACGCCCUCUGACGAUGAUCUUCAGCAAGAAGCUUGCGUCAUUCUGAACAGAAUAGAAUCGGCAUCGACGAACCCUUCAAGAAGAUUUGCUGGAUUCAUAGUCCGCCUCAUGUGGAAGUCAACAUCGUGGCUGGCACCACUACGUCAGAGGGCCGAAGCCUUUGCAGGAGAGUCCUAUGAAGAACUAGUACCAUGUCUAGAUUCCAUGGCGAACACGUCUGGUAGUCACCUCAGCAGCUUCUUCACGGGGCUAGCUGAGCUGAACCAGUUGACGGGAGAGGCAGAAAGGCUAAUACCAAUGUCGGCUGGCAAAGUACGACCAACCACUCGAUUGGGAUCAGCUUACACACAGAUAUCUUCAAGCUACUGCGACCCCGUCGACGAUCAAGAUUACAUCUCCCCGGGCUUCAGUUUCGAUUCUAUGUCAACGAAACCCAGUGACCUAUACACGCGGUUGCAAACUGCCAAAUCAAUCUUUGAAGGAUCUGGACACUCGCUUAGACGAUCUGAGCGGUCAAGAGGCACUGAUAUGCCGUUCUUUCUGAACGACCCUAACAGAUAUGCUCGUUUGGAAGGGGAACUAUCGCGGUUUGUUGCGACCACCAUUUCACCUCAGAACCCCAACAUGCAUAUUCCUUCAGAUGAUGAGCUCAGAUACCAUGCAAGAUGGGUAAUUUUCGAUGAUGAUGACCCGUGGAAUCAAACGGCUGCAGACAUCCCUGAAUGGCUAGCUGAAUUCAAGAAAGGGGUCGGCCUGGAAUGA